AUGAGUAAUCCUGCGUAUCCACGCUCUACGACUGCAAAUACCACAGUUGCACCAUUCAAUGGCACAGUAAAAAGCACAGAACCACUCCAAACCACGAAUGCAUCAAAAAAUGUGCUUGGCACAGGUAAUAUAAUGUUUAUUUUCCUUGGGGUGCUUGUUGCGUUCUAUAUAAUAAUUACGAGUAUAUACAUACUGUGUAUAAAACCGUAUGCUCAUGAAAAUGACGCUGUGAGGCAGGUGAGUAGGAAGAAAAGCAGGCGUACGGACAGGUCUCAAGAGGUGGUUGAGGGAGUGCAAACGAGUAAGAAGAAAAGCAGGCGUAGGGAAAGGUCUCAAGAGGUGGUUGAAGGAGUGCAAAUAGAUUUGCAGGAGGUGCCUUAUGAACCACGGCCCUAUGAUUAUGAAACGGUGGUGUGAUAAGUUGGGUUGGUAUGAUAAACGCG